AUGUCCUUACGGCAUCUACCCCUAAAUGCUGAUGAUGCGGACGAUUCGGAUAGCUCAGAAUCGGUUUCUCCUGUCAGGCGGAGCGGCGAAAGGAAACGCGGAAAUUUACGCAAAACGAACAGCGAGCCGAGUGUCGAACAUUCUACUCAGAUUGACUUAGAAGCUAUCCGGCAGUUGUUGCUUACCCUUCCCAAAUUUAGCACUGCGAAUUCUAAUACUUUCUCCAAUUAUGGAUCGGAUGCCGAGGAGAUUAAUACAGAAAUUGAGGAAUUACGAGAUGCGGCCAAAAGCAUCCAAAGUUUGCAGAGGGUCCUUAAAGGAAACACAAAGGCAGUAGACAUUGGAAUGACGCCGUGGAAAAUCGGAUCGGCUUUAAUCGGAAAGGUAGCGCACCGGAGAUAUUUCCGACAAUUGAUGUCUUGCGUCCCAUCAGAAAAGGAGACAAAUCUCCUCGGUCGACUAGAAGGCGUGCCGUUUGUGAAGAAUUAUAUCCAGCGGGUGAAUUGCUCGAUAAAGGCUCUCAAAUUACUGGAUAGUCUUCGUAUGGAUCGUCGAAUGCAGCAAAAUACAGAAACGGUGGAAUCAGAAACACCCUCCGUUUCUUGGAAGCCGAAACCCUACCUACUUGCACCGCCACCCGAAUUAUCAAUUGAACGAAGCCCAAAGCCGGAAGAAUCCAUGAUGGAAGCUGACAUCAUGUUAUGGAAGAAAAGAAGCAGGGCGUCUUUAAGAAGGCACAAUAGCAUGCGAACCCUCGCUGCCCGCGAACUAUAUGAUACCGAAAAAUCAUUCGUGGAGGGAUUGGAAUACUUGGUGCAGGCGGAAUUGGUGGACAAGAUUUUCUAUAAAAUUCCGGAAAUCUUGGCGCAUCACCAGGUUCUUCUCUCAUCAUUAUCAAAUCGACUGGAGGAUUGGCAUCCUGAAUCUGCUGUUGGCGAUGUAUUGCUGGCACAUUUCUCAAAGCAAUCAAUGGUUGAAACCUACAUAUAUUUUGUCGACAAUUUUAAAUAUGCAAAGACAGCCAUCGCGCAAGCAAGACAAAAACCUUCGUUUGAGAAGUAUUAUCAGCGCUGCUAUCGAGACCACCGAAACAAACUCGAUCUCGAUUCAUUACUUAUUUCUCCAAUACAACGCGUUCCGAGAUAUGAAUUAAUAUUGAACCAACUGUUGAAACAUACUUCGAUUGAACACGCUGAUCACGAGAGGAUGAUGAGGGCUCAACAGCAUAUUCAUCAAUUAGCAUUGGCCAUCAAUCGUCAGCAGCAACAUAAUGAACAGGCGGAACAACGGCUUAGAGAGAUUGAGGCUAUUGUUGAUGGCUUGGAGGAUCUUGUUUCUACAGGGCGUGCGUUGCUGCGCUACGACAUGGUAACCAUGAAAAGUCGCGAAGGACAUCGACAGCGUUGCGUCUUUAUGUGCAGUGAUCAGCUGAUCAUGACGUCUGUACGAAGGAAAGACCACCGACUGGGACGACGUCCGAUUGAACAGCUUUCAUCUAAUCCCGACCUGACUACCGUGGUACUAAAUGUUACUACAUCUAAUGGUGUGGAGACUGUACCAAUAGAGUUCGCGUCUGCUGACCGGCGUACGCAAUGGGAAACAGCUUUUAAAGAAGCCAAGGCGGCGUUAGCAAAUCAACCGCAAGAUGGGGCGACGGUUAGCCUUCAUUCGAUCGUUGCUCACCAAUCACGCCCGGGGCUUCAGUUUUGUGCAGCAACGGUACUUCCCGGAAAGCGGGCCGAUGGAUUUCCAGUUGUUUGGGCUUGCACCUCGGACAAAUACUCUGGACAGGUGGUAGUCAUUUCAAUCGAAGGGGAAUCGGCAGUGGAAAGUUGCGCCGGGAUAGGCAAUGCGGCUGUUUCUGCGAUAGCAACCGUCCCACCAGCCAGUCGUGGAAGAAAACGAUCGCUAUUUCGUGCGGAAAGAUCGGUCGAUCAGUUAUCGAGAGAUGAAUCGGUGCUAAAUUUGGAUAGCUCUGAAUCUUCAUCUUCAGACACCGAGGAAGAAGGACCAACGACGAUUUGGAUCGGAAAUGAGGAUGGAGAAAUAUUUGUUCUGAAUUCGUGCGAGCGUGUCCGCAAUCGAGUACGAGAAAGGGUUGCCGCACUGCAAUAUCCAAUUAAAGCGAUCUGCUCGACUCAUUCCCAGGUAUUUGUGGCGGCAGGGACGCAGAAUAACUCGACACUUGUGUCCUUUAGGAAUAUGAAUGAAUGCUGGGACAUGGAGCAUCCAAUUACGAUCGCCUUGCCUUUUGCCACUUUGCCCAAUCCAAUCGUCGCUGUGGCACGCGGUCUAUGUUUAGCGACGGCGCACCAACUUCACAUUCUCGACCCCGAUACACAUGGCAUUGAGCGUUCAUCAUCAAUUUUGCCCGCAGGAGAAACCAUUACUUGUCUUUGUGUGACCGGAGCGCUCCUGUUCGCUACUGCUGGACGUUCUUCGUCGAUUUACGCGAUCGAUGCAUUCUCUCUGGCACCUCUUAACCAAUUUUCAAUAGUUUCCGCUAUCCAAGGACAACUUUCAGGGCGCGAAGAUAUAUUACGCGAGCACAAGCUCGGGAGCCUACGUGUAACCGCAUUGGUUGCCUUCCGAUCUGCUCUUUGGAUCGGCACUUCUGCAGGUUUCAUUCUGUCGACGGCAACUACGGCUGCUCGUUCGCAGACUACCCCUUUCCUCAACGUACUUGAAAUGGGCCACAUUGGUCCCUGUCGCGUAUUACUGCCAAUACCAGUGCAACCGUCAAAGAAAAGCAAAAAGAUGUCGCUGAGCCUACCCUCACAUCAAAACUCGCAGAUGUUUCUUCUUUCAUGCGGAGAUGGGCUGGACGAUUCGAAAGGCAACCAUCAUGACCCAAUUACCGAUUCCAUCAAUCAUAUCAUUCUAUGGAAAACU